AGGACAUUAUGCCCCAGUCCCAGGCAAACAAAAAGGUUAAAUGAUUGUUAUUAUAAUUCCCUUGAAGCUAUCAGUAGCUAAAAUGUUUACUAGAAUGCACAGCCCGAUUAGUUCAGUGCAUAUGUACAUGAUUAACUUCGAUAAAAAUAUGUCGAGUAGAGAGUCAGUCUACAACAGAUUUGUUCGGAUUAUCAAAUUAUUGAUUGAGGCCGCCAUUUUCACCACUAGUCUACAACAAACACUCUGCAACUGGCGGGAAUCAGAUUUCCGUAUCCGCCUAAUGUCUCGUUGUUCGUCUGCUUCUUUGAAUCGAAAGCGAAUACUUGUCAUCAUUUGCACGUGUUUUUUGGCUACUGAGUGAAAAAAAAUAUGAUUUAAUGACUUCCAUAAAGGAGCACGCGAUGCAGUGGGAACAUCGUCUUUAGACUAGCUGUUCCUCAAGAGUCUUCGAUACACCUUUUAAUGUGAGGACCUUUACUGUUAAUGCUCCUAAUGAUGAAACGACAGAACGUGAGAACAUUGUCUCUGAUCGUCUGCACUUUUACCUACCUUCUGAUCGGCGCCGCCGUUUUCGACGCCCUGGAAUCAGAAAACGAAAUUGAAAUGAAGAGAAGUCUCCUCAGUCGCGAGGAAGCAAUCAUAAAGAAACACAACAUCUCGGAUGAAGACUUUGAAAGGAUUCGCGAAAAUGCAUUGAGGUCGAGGCAAUAUAGAGUGGAAAACCAAUGGAAGUUUGUAGGUGCACUUUAUUUUUCCCUCGUCGUCUGCUCUGUAAUUGGAUAUGGUCACAGUACACCAAAAACAGUACCAGGCAAGCUGUUUUGUAUGAUAUACGCAUUGGUUGGGAUUCCAUUGUUUCUGAUCAUGUUCCAAAGUGUUGGUGAACGACUCAAUACUUUUGUAACGUUUUUGCUGAAAAAUGUCAAGAAGUGUUUUCGAUGUAAGAGCAAAGAAGUGUCCCAGACUGACUUAAUAGUGAUAACACUUAUGUUAUCCAGUAUAAUACUGACAACUGGCGCUCUCAUCUUUUCCCGGAACGAGGGAUGGAAGAUGCUUGAUGCUUUUUAUUAUUGUUUUAUAACUCUUACAACGAUAGGGUUUGGGGAUUAUGUGGCCAUGCAGAGGGAAAACAACGACCCUGGAUAUAUAGUCGUUAGUCUGUUGUUCAUUAUAAUAGGUUUAACAGUCAUUUCUGCAGCCAUGAAUUUACUUGUACUGCGAUUUUUAACGAUGAACACCGAGGACGAAAGAAGAGAUGAAAUAGAGGCUGCCGUGGCCGCCCAGAAUGCAGUUCGUCUGGAAGGUGACGUCAUAACUGGAAAUGGCGGAGUCGUGUCAAACGCUCAAGAGCGUCCCGAAUUUCAAGAGGUUUUGUCUGUCUGUUCGUGUUCGUGUUACAAAUGGCGCUCCCCUAAAGAUAAAAUUUAUAAUUCAAAUCCCAACUCUAAUCAUAUCUCCCCAUUUAUACACUCUAAUGUUAAUGUGUCGAAGGAAGAAGACUUGUCCGACGAGGGGGAAUCGUUUUUGGAAUGGCAGAGGACGAAAAGGGCGUCGUUAUAGCACAUAGUGAAUUUACUGAGAGAUAUAGACUAGUAUUUUUUUUUUUUGAAUUUCGAUUUUAUUAGCAUUUAGAUGCUUGCUGAUCACUCGCAUUCUUUUACUUACCGGAUAGAUUCUCAAUUUUCCACAUAUCAACAGUUUUUUUUUAUUUCUCUUAUUUUCAAAACCAGCUACAGUGAAAUCAUCAUUAUUUUAAGAAGGAAGGGGGGGGGGGGUCGUGGAUAUUAUACGUCACCUCAUAUAUAUGUCCCCACAAAAUUUUGGCCACCAUGUAUUUCUUCAGAUAUUUCUUUUCAUACAUGUUACGAAUGAAAUAACGCUCCGUGAACCAACAAAAUGCUAACGAACAUUGAAUCCCCGUUUA